CAUCAUGAAUUAUCACUUCCAAAAUUAAAGAAUUUGUCUUUGUAUAAUCUGAAAGAACUAGAAGGUUUAUGGAAAGGUCCCGCUCAUGUUUUAAGGUUGGAGAAUCUAACCACUUUCACAAUAAGUGGAUGCAAAAAGCUGAAACGUAUCUUUUCAUUUACUCUUGUUGAGAGAUUGGGUCAAUUGGAAUCACUUUUAGUACAAGAUUGUGAGAAUUUGGAAUAAGUAUUUUAUCUAGACAAAAAUGUAGGUUCAGGAGAUGAGAAAAACAUCAACCUCCCAAAAUUUGAAGAAUUAAGCAUAACAAAUUGUGGAGUAAAAGAGGUAUUCCAGUUGGAAGGAUAACAACAUGAAUUAUCACUUCCAAAAUUAAAGAGUUUGGAUUUGUAUGAUUUGGAAGAACUAGAAGGUUUAUGUAAAGGUUCUGCUUAUGUUCUAAGGUUGGAGAAUCUAACCACUUUAUCCAUAAUCGAGUGCAAGAAGCUGAAACAUAUCUUCUCAUUUACUCUUACUCAGAGCUUGGGUCAAUUGAAAUUAGUUCAAGUAAGAGAUUGUGAGAAUUUGGAACAAGUAUUUUAUUUGGAUCAUGAAAGAGAAGAAUAUGUAGGUGGAGGAGAUCAAAAGAACAUCGUGCUUCCAAAAUUGAAGAAAUUACAUCUAGAAGGACUUGCAAAGCUAGUAAGCUUUUUUCCAGAAAAAUAUGCUGCAUGUUGUCCAGCUUUGGAAGAGUUCAAAGUAAAAGACUGUUCCAAAUUAACUACAACUUUCAUUGUUGAAGAGUUUCAGAAUCUGCAGGUUGUAGAGAUGAGUAAUUGCAGUAGUCAAUUGUGGGAUGGAAUUCUCUCCGGGUUGAGAUGUGGCUUCUUCAAAAAAAUUAAAACAUUAAGCAUGGAAGACCGCUUCAACAAGCAUAAACAUAUCUUCUCACCAAUUGUUGCUCGAAAUCAUAUGUUGCAAUUGAAAGAGUUGCGCAUCAGAGAAUGUGCGGAAUUGGAGCAAAUCAUUGAUGUUAAAGAUGGUGAAGAAGUUGGAGCAAAUCUUCUCCAAACUCUAUUAGUUAUUGAAGUGGAAAAGUGCCAUAAAUUAAAAAAUCUGUUUCCUAUCUCCAUAGCUCGGGGUUUUCAACAACUGGAAAGCCUAACAGUAGUUGAUAACUCUGAAUUAAAAGAAAUAUUUGGAGAUAAUGAUGUGAUUGAUGAGAAAGAAAUCCAGUUGCCUCAACUUGAGUAUAUAAUCCUAGAAGAUUUACCAAGACUCACCAACUUUUGCCAUGUGGAUUAUCACUUCAUAUUUGUAGCACCACCAUUUGAAUUUUUGGGAGUCCAACGAUGUCCAAAGAUAAGUACAAGAUUUCAUGGGAUGAAGAAUAAAAGUGUGCAUGCGGAAGCAAAGUUGGCUCCAUCGAAAUCCAAUGAAUAUUAGUCUGUUUGAAGGGAAGCAGAAGAAAAUUCAAUUCACUGUCUUCAAUUUGACGAAUUUUCUAAACUGCACUUGUUAUAUAUAUUUGUUCUGUUUUAAGUCCAAUAUCAAUUCACUUGUUAUGUGAAUUUUCUAAUGGAUUAUUGACAGAGUUUAUGUUUGGGUUAGUAACUGAUGUAUUUUGUAAAAUUCAGGGUGAAGUUGAUUAAUCUGGUGCUUAAUUGUUAUAAUCUGGUGGAUCUAAUCAGUACUUCUACUGCUACAAUUAACUCAACUUUGUACUGCACCUCUUCAGUACUUCUGUUCU